AAGGAAUCCAUCGAAUCAGUUCAAUUGAUUCAGUAGAAUAGGACGGACAAAAUGUUGGGUCAAGUUCUCGCUAUAUCUUGUCUCGUUGUAGUGAGCCACCUGAGUGGUGCAGCUGCUCGUGAUAUCCAGCGAUCGGAGGACUUAAUACGAUCUGGUGGAUGUACGGUCCCAUUCGCCUCUCUGCCGUACCCAGCGCAACCUCUCAUUCUUAUUCCAGGCUCGGAGAAGUUCUGGCACCCUCAGGACGAAACUAGACAGAUUCUGUUCCCAACGAGCGCUCCGGUUGAGUUGGUUUGUCGGGAUGGGUUUAUACUGUUCCCCGAGAAACGUUCCAUCACGAUCGAGUGUGUUGCGAACGAUACGUUCGCGUACGAUGGAAACCACUACCCAAUGGUGGAGUUGGCCUGCACAUCGUACUGGUUAAGCUCGGCCAGAACCACACAGGAACGCUGCUUUAACGGUUCAUCGAUUGUGAACGUGGGCUUUAAUCUCGCCGCAAACCGAUGGGUGAACGUGUUCGACGUGUGCUACGAUGAGUCGCUGUACCAUACGCACUUUGUCCGCCAUCACAUGAACCGUGCGAAUGGUGGCUAUCAGUCGGGAAAUCCUCGUCCUUCCUGGUACCAGGGUGCGUACUAUGAGGAGGUCAACAUCAACACACUCUACACCGUCAACCGGCAGCGCGAAACGAUGGCCAUCAUACUUAACUCACAGCCACGGGCAGACGAGCUGGUACAGAACACCUCCAACGGGAUCUACAUGGCCCGCGGACAUAUAGCAGCUCGGGCAGACUUUGUGUAUGGUACGGAGCAGAACGCUACCUUCUGGUUCCUGAACGCAGCUCCCCAGUGGCAAAACUUUAACGGCAUCAACUGGGAACGGGUUGAGUCUUCGAUACGCGAUUUUCUCGGCCAGCGUGACCUGGAAGUGACCGUGUACAGCGGUACGUACGGUGUGCAGAAGCAGGCGGACGGGAACGGCGAUUAUCGGGAGAUCUGGCUAGACUUUGACCCGACCGAGGGUCGUCGACGUGCGCCGGCACCGAUGCUGUACUACAAGAUUCUGCACGACGAGCGUAACAAUGCCGGUAUCGCGAUCGUCGGUGUUAACAACGUCCACAUACCGACCGAGCUGAUCCUGCGCGAGUACGUACUGUGCAAGGAUAUCGGUGAUCAGGUCGAGUGGAUCGACUGGCAGCGUACGAACGUAACGAUCGGGUACUGUUACGCAUGCGAGGUUAACGCAUUCAAUGCGGCGAUCGGUAAUCCGCAUCCGAACCUGAACGUGGCCAAGCUGCUUACGAGCGGUGCCGGCAAACGGUUCGCACAAUCGCUCUGGGCCAUGAUGGCUGGCCUCGGGCUGCAUGGUGUUUUAUUUUUCGUACGAUCUGCCCUUCGUGUGCAGACUGUGUAGUGAGACCUCACCGUGCGGGACACACCAUACCACUUCCGAUUGACGUCACUGUGAAGCAUCUGCAGCACAGUGGGUGUGAACAAUUGAGGUUGUCGGUCAAAAAGAGGGCCAGUUUUUUUUUUGUAAAGAAAGAUGCUUUAGGAGACUUUUUUAUCAGUAUUUUAAUAAAUUUGAUCAGAACAAAACUAACGGGUCAACUAAAGGGUUGAAAAAACUCAAAUAAGACAUCGUGUGGAGCAUUCUAUAGGUCAUUGCUGCUACAUCCAUUCUGCACCAAUUGACACCUUAGCCAAAUGCUUUGCCAAACGCUCUCAUUUUCUGGGUUAAAAUGUUCAUUUCGUCCCUAUUUUCUCUGCUGCCUCUGUGCGAACGACGAUGCGACCGUUUAAUGUCGGUUUACCUAGAAACCACCGUGUGUGAGCGUCGAAUUCUGUUACUGUUUCUAAGACGUUAAUUAUUUGGAUUUUUCCCUUAACCGGUCUUCUGCCACCAUCUUCAUCUGUUCGAUGAACCACAAACAAACACAAUGCGGAAAGCCAUUUUCGGCACACACAACCAGAUCGGUAGCAAUUGAUCGUAGAAGUUUUUUUUUUUUUGGGGGGAUGCCUAGGCGCGAAAGUAAACGAAUGUUUUUCCCUUUAAGCAAAACAAAGCGCCCGCACGGUGCCGUGAUCGUGAAAAUGGUUGCCUCUUGUUGGGCGAGUUGCAACAAUCCACCACCGUACCCGCAGACGGUUGGCAUUCGCAUAAUGGUCGUCUCGCUUAUGAGAUGCCCAUAGCCACACGGGUGCGAAUAAGUGCUGGCAGUGCGGUACUGUGGAAGUAUUGUAUUAUUCGUAUUAAGUUGAUAUAUUGCUGUAAUUUCUGUGACCUUCAGCCGGUGUGGUCUGGAAAGGGGAAUGGAAUGAAUUCCGGGUGCAAGUGUCUCGUAAGUGCGCAAUCCUGUGACAAGCAAAUGGAAUGUGACGGUAUCGUGCGUGAUUGAUGUGUGUUCAGGGUUGGCGUUUGUGUCGGUGUGUUUGCAACGGGCUAAUUGGGCGACAUUAAUCGAUCAAUGAGGGUUACGAUUGGGACGAAAGCUUUAGGAUGAGUUUGCGAUUUUAUUUGUAAAGAGUGGUUGGAUAUUUUGGAAAAGCAUUUUAGUGCAGUGAACUGAGUUUCAUAUAAAACUAUAAAAAUGAUGGUUCGUAAAUAAAUAAUUGGAGAUUUUAAAAUAGGCUUUGAAA